CCAAACACACAACAAAACAGAAUCAACAGAACCAAAAACGAACCCAUAGCCAUAGCCAUGUUCUUCUUCUUUGCAGGAGGAAUAGAGCAACAGGUGAGGCAGGUGGUGAAAUCUGGUGUGGGAAGGUGCAUCAACUGCAGUUCACGCGCCGAUCUGGUGGAAUACGACAAGGUUCUCAAGCUCUUCUUCGUCCCCGUGUGGCGCUGGCCGGGGAAGGAGCAGCUCUUGUAUUGCCAGGAUUGCAAGUUCCUAUUUCCUCAAUCCUACUCCCUCCCGCCGCCGCCGGAUGGUGGUGGUGUUGGGUUGCCUGAUGCCUUGCGCUGCCGCUUCUGUGAUAAGGAGGUGGCCGCUGAAUUCGCAUUCUGCCCUUACUGCGGAUCGGAGCUGUGAAAAUUAAAAGUUUGAAGAUUUUAUUGGUGUUUGUAACUCAUGGGUCUGUUUGUAAUAUCGGGGUUUUGAGGGGAUGUAAAAUCUGAUAAAUAGUUAGUACAAUAUAUGAUGUGGUUGUAGUUUAAGCAUUUAUGGGUUAUUUCAUUGAUGUGAUCAAAUAAAAUGAUGAAAUUACUAUAAUUGAUUUUUAGCAA